AUGGUCGCAACUACCCGCCCCUUUGCCCCGCAGCUGCUCGCGUGCUCGGCCAAGAACAUGAUCCUCCUCAGCUACGGCAUGUCGCUGGGCUUCGUGACCAUCGCCAUCCCGGCGCUGGAGGCUCACAGCGCGGCCAACGGCACUGCCGACGGCUCGGUCGAGUCGGAGUCGGUCACCUUGUCCAAGCCCCAAAUAUCGUGGUUCGGCAGCAUCAACUGGAUCAUGGUGGCCGUCGGGGGCAUCGUGUCGGGGCCGUUCGCCACCCCGUGGGGCCGGAAGCCCGCCAUGAUCGCCGUCAACUUCUGCUUCGUGGUGGGCUACCUCGUGUUCUACCUGGCGGAGAGCGUGUCCGUGCUCUACCUGGCGCAGGCGGUCUGCGGCUUCGGCGGUGGCCUGCUCGAGGCCCCCGUCCUCACAUACAUCGCCGAGAUCGCCGAGCCGCACCUCCGUGGCGCCAUGUCCGCCUCCACCACGGCCGUCCUCAUCCUGGGGCUGUUUAUCGACUUCAGCCUGGGGUCGGUGCUGCACUGGCGCACCGUGGCGCUGCUCAACAUCGCGGCCCCCGUGCUGGCCGUCAUCUCGCUCUGCUUCGUGCCCGAGAGCCCCCACUGGCUGGUGGGGCAGGGCCGCGUGGAGGACGCCCGCCGCGCGCUGUGCUGGCUGCGGGGCUGGGCGCAGCCCGAGGACGUGGCCCACGAGAUGGCGAUGCUGGAGCGCACCCUUAAGGGCGGCGGCGCGUCCGAGAAGAGGCCGUCGCCGCUGCCCUCUUUGACGCAGCUACGGCAGCGCACCUUCCUAGUGCCCUUCUGCUUGGUGGUGUACGCGUUCUUCGUCGGCCAUUGGUCGGGGAUGACGCCGCUGCAGACCUUUGCCGUUAGCAUCUUCACCACGGUCGGCACUCCCAUCAACAAGUACCAUGCGACGGUUCUGAUAGGACUCGUGGAGCUGACGGGCACCAUCGCCUGCGUGGCGCUGGUCCACUACACGGGCAAGCGCCCCCUGGCCCUCAUGUCGACGCUGGGCGCGGGCGUGUGCUUCGUGGUGGCCGCCAGCUACGUGCACGUCAUGGGGGAGGCGGGCCCCGACGCGGAGGGCAGCGGGCCGUACUCGUGGCUGCCCAUGGCGGCGCUGGUCGUCUCGGCCUUCAUCUCGCACGCGGGCAUCCGCAUCCUGCCCUGGAUGCUCAUCGGGGAGGUGUACACGCCCGACAUCAAGGGCUUCGCGAGCGGCGCGAGCGGCUGCAUGGGCUACGUGAUCGGCUUCUCCGCCAACAAGUCCUUCUUCUUCCUGCAGGAGCACCUCACUCUGCCGGGAACGUUCUGGCUUUACGGUGCUGUGGCGCUCAGCGGUACUGUUGUCAUGUACUUCUUCCUACCAGAGACCGAAGGACACCACCUGCACGAGAUCCUGGAACAUUUCAAUGGGGAGCGCGUUCUACGUUCCAAGGGCGGACAGAAGAAAGUAUCGAAUUGCGAGAAGUGGGCAGCUGACAACCCUGCAAUCGAACCUGUAGAAUCCAGACUAUGACAUUUCCUGCGUUGUUGACCUGUUGCUAAAUUAAAAUAAAUCUCUGUUCUAAAGAA